UGGUAAGAGCUUAGGCCUGCAGAGCACUGUCUCUGUCUCACAGUGAUUGGGUUUUUGGGGUUUUUUUGGGGGGAGGGGUUGGUCCAGUUUUACCGGUGAGAAAGGUUGCCCAUGUGCAACUUGUGAAAUAGUCUUUCCAGGUGGGAGUGGGAGGUGUGCCCCUGACCAGAGAGCUGUGGUAAAGACAUGACACAGAGUAAACCACCCAAAGAGGAUUUGGAUGGGGACAAGAGUACACCUCCACAGUUCAGCAAGUGGCACCCAGGCAACGACAAGUCCCCACACCCACAUACCUCCCCGGCGCUGAACAGCCAGGAGCCAAUGGCCAGCGACAAAGCCAAACCCUGUGAGCUCAACCAAGACAAAUAUGAUGCUGAUGAAAACGUGAAGAUCAUCUGCCUAGGGGACAGCGCUGUGGGCAAGUCCAAACUCAUGGAGAGGUUUCUCAUGGAUGGAUUUCGGCCACAGCAGCUGUCCACGUACGCCCUGACCCUGUACAAGCACACAGCCACAGUGGAUGGCAAGACAGUCCUUGUGGACUUUUGGGACACGGCAGGCCAGGAGCGGUUCCAGAGUAUGCACGCCUCCUACUACCACAAGGCCCACGCCUGCAUCAUGGUGUUCGACGUGCAGAGGAAAGUAACGUACAAGAACCUGAGCACCUGGUACACAGAGCUUCGGGAGUUCAGGCCGGAGAUCCCAUGCAUCGUGGUGGCCAAUAAAAUUGAUGCAGACGUAAAGAUGACCCAGAAGAGCUUCAAUUUUGCCAGGAAGUUCUCUCUUCCCCUGUAUUUUGUCUCAGCUGCUGAUGGUACCAAUGUCGUGAAGCUCUUCAAUGACGCAAUUCGAUUAGCUGUGUCUUACAAACACAACUCCCAGGACUUCAUGGACGAGGUUUUGCAGGAGCUUGAGAACUUUGAUUUGGAGCAGAAGGAGGAGGAAGUGCCAGAUCGAGCGCAGCACGGCGACACUGAGAGCCCCUCCCCUUCCUGAGUCAAAGACGGGGGCCUCGCUCCUCGUGGACUUUGGUGGGGGUGUCCUUCGGGAUACCCUCCCAUCAGCACCCCUGCAGCUAGGAAUUGAAAAAUUCUUGCCAGCCGUCCCCUCUACCUCCUGCGAGCCCACCCGUUCUGUUUGCCUCCCCGCCUACCAUGGCCCAUGACUCCUGACCCUUCCACAGUUGUCCUCUCCCCUGUCCUCAGGGACCGGGGUGGGGUCUGCACCAGCAAGCACCCUUGGCUGGUGCGAGACAGGCAUAGUAGACCCUGAAGCAGAAUUAGAGAUCAGUACCCUCAGCUUCCCCAGCUUGUGCAGUGGCUGGGAAGAGCUUUAGGAAACAUGCUUUGUGUGUCUCUCCAAUAAAAGGAAAUUGAGGUGUUUUCUCUCCCAGAAUUGACCUUGGGGCCUACUCAUUGCCUUUCCGCCAAGGGAAUGAUUUCUAAUCGCUGACGGCCACGGUUCCCACCCCUACAGGUUCAGGGGGCCUCCAUCCUUUUUCCUCUUUUUAGUCUCCCAACCAACUGUUUUUCAGAAAUGGUUUUGAGCAGACAUCUGUUCCUGUCACAGGACAGGUUUGCCUUGAAAGCCCAGGGAAACAGGUGACGAGUCCUGUCACCCUUAGCAGUACUGGGAAGCAUGCCCAUGUGGAUUCAAAGAACUUCCCUUUACAGCCCCUGUUGCAGCAGAUGAUGCUUUCCUGCCUUUUUUAAGAACUGUUGUGAGUCCUGCCCCAUGGGUGGGGAGAGGGGCACCCUGCUGCCUCCCCCACUUCUCUCCAGGACUCACGGGUCAGUAGUGUGUUUGUACGAUUGCCUCGCCCAUCAUCAUCAUCAUUUCCAGUGUCUUCAUUUGUAUAGAAAAAUUCGAAUUAACAUAAACAUCGCAUGUAUGUG